GGGGGGGGGGGGGGGGACAUGACGGUGUAGCUCCGGGUAACCUGCGCAGUAAACCAUGCGUGUAAAAGGAGUUUUGUUUCGGGGCCAGCCUUGAAGGGUACACGGCGGUGCCCGGCUGAUGGUGCGCUCUCUCCGCGGUGGAUUCGGUUUCCAGUCCUGUAACACAAACUAACCGGAACGACUUCAUUAGAGCUGCCUGUUCAACGACAACCCGAGCUGAACGGAGAGGACAGUUCAUCACCCGGAGGCCAGCUGAAAUGUUUGUGCUCCCGGGCUUUUUUUUAAUUUAUUUGAUUAAAUUACCGUAAUGGAACAUAACCUCUGAUAUCACCCGGACAGCUGACUUGGAGACCGGUUGGUUUCCUUCUGGCUACGCGCUUUUGCUUGUUCACAUUUCCAACAACAACAUAUUUGGCACCAUCAGAAAAAAAAAAAAAUUGUUGCAGCGACUUUUCUUUGCACAAUAAAACUCAGAGGAUAGUCUCUGUGGAGUGUGCCCCGGAUUCCAUCAAGUCAGAAGAAGAAAAUUAACGACACAUGAAAAUAAUGUGAAAAAUAAAGGAGUGGAAAUGCGUCGCAAAUGCUUCUUUCUGCUUGAGGUGUGUGCCAUUGUGAGCUUCCUGCCAUCGGCCUCUGUGGCAGAUCUGACAUGUGAAGCUCUGCUCAUGCUGUCAGGGAAUUUCUCCUUGCAGUCCCUGGCCGCCUCCUGGAACCAAACCCUGAGCAAUGCCACAGGUCAGUGGAGCGGCUCGGGACUCUACUGUGACACCUCCAUCGAUGGCAUCGGCACCUGCUGGCCCAGGAGCAGCGCCGGUCAAAUGGUGUCACGACCCUGUCCGGAGAUGUUCUACGGUGUCAGAUACAACACCACCAAUAAUGUUUAUAGGAAGUGUCUCACAAACGGGACGUGGGCGCUGAAGGGGAACUACUCCAUGUGUAAGGCCAUACUUCACGAGGAGAAAAAAGGCAAGAUGCACUACCAGAUAGCUGUGAUCAUAAACUUCCUGGGUCACUGCAUCUCCAUGGUGGCUCUGCUCAUAGCCUUCUUCUUAUUCUUGUGUUUGAGGAGCAUCCGCUGCCUGAGAAACAUCAUCCACUGGAACCUCAUCACCGCCUUCAUCCUGAGGAACGCCACCUGGUUCAUCGUCCAGUUGACCAUGAGCCCCGAGGUGCACGAGAGCAACGUGGUGUGGUGUCGCCUCGUCACCGCCUCCUUCAAUUAUUUCCACUCCACCAACUUCUUCUGGAUGUUUGGCGAGGGCUGCUAUCUCCACACCGCCAUCGUCCUCACCUACUCCACCGACAAGCUGCGCAAGUGGAUGUUCAUCUGCAUCGGCUGGUGUAUUCCAUUCCCUAUAAUUGUGGCAUGGGCCAUUGGGAAGCUCUACUACGACAAUGAGAAGUGCUGGUUUGGGAAGCGAGCCGGCGUAUACACAGACUACAUCUACCAAGGUCCCAUGAUUCUUGUGUUAGUGAUCAAUUUCAUUUUCCUCUUCAACAUCGUGAGGAUCCUGAUGACCAAACUUCGAGCCUCCACCACGUCGGAGACGAUCCAGUACAGGAAAGCAGUGAAGGCUACACUGGUCCUCCUCCCUCUCCUUGGAAUCACCUAUAUGCUGUUCUUCGUUAACCCGGGGGAAGAUGAGAUCUCUCAAAUCGUCUUCAUAUACUUCAACUCAUUUUUGGAAUCCUUCCAGGGCUUCUUUGUGUCAGUAUUUUACUGCUUCCUAAACAGUGAGGUGCGCUCGGCCGUGAGGAAGCGGUUCCACCGAUGGCAGGAGCAGCACUCGAUCCGAGCCAGGAUGACCCAGGCCAUGUCCAUCCCUACGUCACCUUCACGGGUCAGCUUCCACAGCAUCAAGCAGUCCACGUCGCUAUGAGAGCGGAAACCAGCUUUUCGUCCUCCACGCCUGCUUUUGGGAGAGAAACCUCCAGCUGUCAUCGUCGUCAUCAUUUCCUGCCACACCACUGGAGUGCACAAAAACACUUUCUGAGCCAGAGAGAGGGGACACUGCAUCAGUCUCUGAAACCUCAGGAGGGACGUUGUGCUUUAGACUUUCAGGAGAAAACGAAUAGGGACGGGGGGUAAGGACACUGCAGACUUUAUGAAACUGAAAAAUGAGGUUAGUGGAUCAAAAGAUGCACGUGACCAAGCUGAGUUUGGAUGUGAAUGUACAGCACUCCAUGUUCUUUCAUGUCUGCCUGCCAUAUAAAUCUGUUGUAUUCCUGCUUGCACACUUUGAUUUCUGCUAUCAGUGAGGACUUGGAUCUCGUGCCACUGGACGUCACUGAACUGGAUUCCACCUCAGCGGACACUGGACUCAAACGCUAGAGGGGCUGUGACUAAGUUAUUAAAAUGAGAAAUUUCAGACUUUAUUUCCAUUUUUUAUUGUUAUUUUGCUGUCACAAACAAUUGUCUGAUCAAAGUGUUUGUGUUAAUUUAGUGUUGUGUUACUUUCCUUUGUUUGUCAGCCGCUCUGCUUUCCAUCUACUUUCCAGAAGGGUUCAACACAUUCCAUAAUUUCUACCUGAAGAGUUUUGUUCUAAAAUAAUAACGUGAAUCCGUCAAGCAAAGCACAUAAUGUUAUAAUUAGUGGUUGGUUUUUCUUUCUGAGGAUUCACUCGUAGUUCAGUAUCUCAGAGAGAAAAACACGACAUUUUCCCAACAAAUCGUUAUUUUCUCUGGACGCACUAAUUCAUGUUUCUCACAGGUUGCCUAAUUUUGGGAAUUAUUUAAUCAAAAGUAUCAAACAAAAUACUCCACACUGUCUAAUUUACAAUAGUAAAUUUAUUUGCAACGUUUUGGUGCCAGACCUUCAUCAAACAAAUGGUUUGUGACGAUGAGAUACCAUGUUAAUAAUUAAUUCUAUAGUAAUUUAUCCCUUUAAUGUAACAAUUCAAAGGUACAUUUAUUGUUUAUUAUUGUGUUUUUAAUUUUGUAGCACUAUUUAUGAUAUUAGAAAUUGUUAUAUAUUUUUGGGGUUUUUUUUAAGUAAUUUUUUUAUGCUUUUUUGCCUUUAUUUAAGUUACAGUGAGAAAAACAGGAAAAUUGGAGAGAGAGAGGGAGAGGUGCAAAAAAGUGAUAAUUCAAACGUAAUUCGAGAUAAUGUGAUUGGUUUGCGGGCUUACAGCCACUGCUAUUUAAGAUGCUUCUCAUUAUCAUAAACCACAUUUUCCUGAUAAAGAUCUGGCACUGAAACAUUGCAGAUAAAUUUAUGAUUGCAUGUUAUUCCACAGUUUGUAGGAUUUUGUUUGCUUCUUUGGAUCCAUCCAUCUCCUACUCACCUGUCUCAUGAAAGAGAGGAAAUAUUUUAUCCAAACUGGAUGAAGAAUAAUCUUCAACCUGCGUUAACUGAUGUGUUUUUUGAUCACUUGGGUCGAUUCAAUAAGCUGUAAACACACUGACCCAUUAUCAUCUUAUGAAGUUGUUAACAAACAGCUGCUUAUCAGCAUGUCCAACAAACACAGAGCAACAUUAUCAUUCAUUUGAAGUCUGCUCUGUGUCACCUGAUGAAUGUAAGUCCAGGGUUCCCUCUCUUUUAGCUCUGUGUUUGGUCUCCACCAGCUCCUGAGGGAAAUAUCUGCCUCUUUAGCUGCUAAACGCUCCACCAUGUUCACCAGCUGCUCUCUGUAACUGUGUCUAUAUGUUUAUUAUUUGGCACAAAACUCUUCAGCUAUAUAAAGAGACUUAUUACCGUUGCCUCUCUACCAGCAAGCCGGAUACAGAUCGUCAUGAGCCGAGGAGGAGGAACAGGAAGUGAGUUCGUUCUUGUAUCUAAAAAGUGACUCUCUGUGGUGAUUGGUUGACAUUAAAGCAGUAACUUUGUGUACUGACUUAUUGUAAAUAGAAAUUCAAAGAGCGGGGUGUUCAAAUCCUGUUGAGUCGUCACAGAUAAAAACCACAAAAAAAAAAAAAAGGACAAGACAAACCACACACUGUAAAUCAUAUGGGCACAUUAUCCAUGUGAUCAGCAACUCACAGUCCACAUUCCUACGAUACCAGUUUGCCUAGCACCUGUGCAUUUUUAUGAACUGCUGUUUAUGUCAAAUUGUAAAUGAGCCUCAUCUUUUUCUCGUCCUGAAAUCUUUGUUUCUUUGGGGUUUUUUUAAUUUUAAUUUUUAUCCCUUUUUGUGUUGUUUUCGCUCUGGUUGUGAUGGAACGUCAGAACAGAACUUCACAUGCCGCUGUGACCUGUAUUAAUCUAAUGGUACUCGUAUAUUGUGAUUGGAGACACUUAAAUUUAAGAAAACUCUACUUAUCAGACACUUUUUUUUCUUUCUUUCUUCUUUUGUUUUUUGCAAUGUGAAGAGUUUCCCAAAAAGAAAAGUUUCUUUUUUAUUUUAUAUUUUUUAAUGCAGCAACCAAAAGUUUAAAUGUUAGCAGAAAUAUUGUUGACACAGUAAAAAUAAUAAUAAUGAUAAUAAUAAUUUGGUCAAACAAGGCGACAAAGAAUUACUGACACUGACUUCUCCAUAGUUGUGUGGUACAUGUGGUGAACAAUCAAAGAUACACAAUGUAAUUCACAAUAUUAUUUAUUGUUAUUUAUUUCCGAUAUUGUUAUUUUCAUACUUGAAAUGAAAAGAUGUCAAGAGAUAAUAAAGUGUGUGUUGCAUUUGACUGAAUGAAAAAUUUAACACGUG